AUGGAAGAUACAAGUCAACCAAUAGAAGUUGAUCGAUCUAUGUGUGGGGAUGAUUCAAUGAUAAGUCCUUCCCUAGAAGAUGAAUCUCAAACUAUGGGUCCUCUUAUCGAUGAAAAUCCUAAGAAUAAUGCGUAUGGAAAGAAAGAGAGGCGGAAGACUUCGCCUGUUUGGAAUGACUUUGAUAUUGUAGAAGUUUGUGGUGUCAAGAAAUCGCAGUGUAAGUGGUGCAAAAAGUUGUUUGCCAUUUCUAGCUCAAGUUCUACCUCUACACUUGGUAGACAUUUGGUUGCAUGUCUCAAAUAUGUGGCUGCCAACAAGAAGCAACAGUCCAUUGUUCUUGAUCCUAAUGCGGCGGGGGAUAUAUCUUUGUCAAAUUAUACUUUUAAAAUUGAGAGAUCUAGAGAACUUGCUGCUCACAUGAUUCUUUGCCAUGAUUAUCCUUUUAAUAUAAUGGAGCAUGAAUUGUUUAACAAGUUCUGCAAGUCCUUAAAUCCCCUUUGGAAGAAGGUUAGUCGUACAACCAUUAGGAAAGACUGUUUUACUACGUACAAUAUUGAGAAGAAGAAGUUGAAAACAUUGUUGACAGGGGUGGACAAGGUAAACAUCACCACGGAUAUGUGGACAAGUGCACAAAGAGUGUCAUAUAUGGUGGUGACUUGCCACUUUGUGGACUCCGAUUGGUUUCUUCAAAAGAGAGUGUUGAAUUUUUGUAACAUACCACCUCCACAUAGUGGUGUUGUUAUUGCUGAUGCACUGCGAAAGUGUUUUGGUGAUUGGGGCAUUGAAGACAAGGUAUUUACAAUAACGGUUGAUAAUGGUAAAGCAAAUGAUACUGCCAUUAGAAUUCUUAAAGAUGAUUUCAAGUUGAGGGAAGUCUUGCCUAUUGGAGGUAGACUAUUUCAUGUGCGAUGUUGUGCUCAUGUAACUAACUUGUUGGUGCAAGCAGGACUUACUGAAAUUGGAGACAUAGUUGAUUCAGUUAGAGAGGGUAUCAAGUAUAUAGUGGCUUCUGAUGGUCGAUUGAGAAAAUUUAGUGACAUUGCUAAAAGAUUGCAACUCCCUUGCAAGAAAUUGAUUUUAGAUGUCCCUACACGUUGGAAUAGCACUUACAUAAUGUUGGCGACAGCCGUACAAUUCAAAGAAGUAUUUCCUAGGUACCAUCAAAGUGAUCAAGCUUUUCAGUGGUUAGUAAGUCCUGAAGAAUGGGAUAAGGUUGAAAAUGUGAACCAACUUUUGUCAAUUUUCAAUGAGGUGACCAACAUAGUAUCUGGCAGUGAAUACCCAACAUCAAAUCUAUUUCUACCUGAGGUUUGGAGGAUGAAGGAAAUAUUGUUGUUGAAGUGUAGGGAUAAUAAUGAUUACAUCAGGGCAAUGGCUAGUAAAAUGAGUAACAAGUUUGAGAAGUAUUGGGGCAGUUGCAAUUUAUUGAUGGCACUAGCAGCUGUGCUAGAUCCGAGAUACAAAAUGAAGUUGAUAAACUUUUGUUUCCCUCUAAUUUACCCAGAGUCUGAAGCUUCUAUGAACAUUGAUAAUGUCCUAUCCGUUCUUCAUGAGUUAUAUGAGGUAUAUGUAGCGUCUCAUAAUUCAUCUAUUAUGCAACUGCAACAAAGUACUCAAGAAAAUUCUCGUUCUACAAGUGGUUCUACUAGAGUUGCUGCAGUCAAGAAAUCGACUGGUCGAUCAAUAUUUAUGGAACACAUAAGAUCUAAUAAUGUUGUGCGACCCACUAAAACAGAUUUGGAUGUAUAUCUUGAAGAGGACGUUUACAUAUGA